CCGCCAUAAAACAGAAGAAGAAGCAAUAAUAACCAAUGACGUGGUACCCAAGUGUUAUAAUAAACAUGGCUGCGUCCCUUGUGCGUUGUGUUCGCGGAGUUUUCGGACGCAGUUACAACAUUACUAGGACUUCAUGUCUCCUGCAGCAGCAGACCAGGUUGCAGAGAUUCACCACUGAGAUAAAACCCACCAUCCGGCCCAAGGAUGCAGUCGCCCACAACCAACUGACAGCAUUUGGGGAAUAUGUGGCUGAAAUGAUGCCCAAAUACAUCCACCAGGUUCAGGUGACAUGUUAUAAUGAGCUGGAGGUGAUGAUCCACCCUGAUGGUGUGAUUCCUGUGCUGACUUUCCUGAGAGACCACACCAAUGCUCAGUUCAGAAACAUGAUCGACCUCACCGCUGUUGACAUUCCGACACGACAAAACCGCUUUGAGAUUGUGUACAACCUGCUGUCACUACGCUACAACUCUCGUAUUCGAGUCAAGACAUACACAGGUGAACUCACACCGGUAGACUCUGCUGUUCCUGUCCACCUGGCUGCCAACUGGUAUGAGAGGGAGGUUUGGGACAUGUAUGGUGUGUUCUUUGCCAACCACCCUGAUCUGAGGCGCAUUCUGACUGACUAUGGCUUUGAAGGUCAUCCCUUCCGGAAAGACUUCCCUCUGUCAGGAUAUGUUGAGGUGCGCUACGAUGAUGAGCUGAAGCGUGUGGUGGCGGAGCCAGUGGAGCUGGCACAGGAGUUUAGGAAGUUUGACUUGAACACACCGUGGGAGGUGUUCCCCGCUCAUCGAGAGAACAACGAAGUGCCGUCCAUACUGCAAGUUGGACCCGAGGCUCCUGAGAAGAAGUGACAGACCUCUCUGUGUAGUGUGGGUUCCCUUCCCUUUUUUAAACCCACAGAAAUAUUUGUGAAUAAAAGUGCUAAUAAUAAAAAGAAUGCUAUUUCCACACAUCACACCAAAUAUGCAAAACAACCACCUUGUCAUGUCAUUUCUCAGGUUUGUGUUGAACACUACAGAAGUUGAUUUAUUUUAGAUCUCCAAACUGCCAGAAUACCGAGUGUGAAACAUUGUAAUUGCUCCAUUAAAUUUUUGGCCUGAAACUGGA